AUGGACCGGGCUGAGGCCAGCCUCGGCGGCCGUCUGGCGCCCGCGGCGACGGAUACUGCGAUUCCAUCCGUCGGAGGUGGCCAGGGCGCCGCCGUGCUGCGCCACGAGGGUGGGGAGGAGGUGGCAGGGAAGCACAGCACGCCGGCAGUGCCGCAAAUCGCGCGCGAAAGCGUCGCAGAGCACCGCCGGAACGACGGGAACGCCGCACCGCGCCCACCGCCGGCGCCCGCGGCGUCAGACCCCGUGUCUUCGCGCGGCCAGAGCCCCAUGGCAGCUGUGAUUGCAGGCGGCGCAGAGCAGAGCCGCCAGCGCUCUGCCGCGCGCGAUCCAGGUGGUGGCGCGGCCCCACACCAUGGCCUUGGCGGGGGCAGCCCGGGCUCGGCGGCGGGGGACGGCGAGGGCGACGAGGGCGGCGACCCGCAGGCCGGCGUGUUCCGCACGCCCUGGGGCUGCCUGCUGUGGGCCGUGGGGCGCUACGACCCGCACAUGUAUCCGAUGAUCGACGGCGAGAUGACGGAGGAAGUGCGCGGGCAGCGCAGGGCCGGCCAGGGCAACGCAGAGGGAUACUUGCACGUGGAGGAGCGGACGGACGGCAAGACGGGGCGCGUGGGGUACCGCGGGUACUACAAGGUUCCCAACACGACGGACCGCUCGCUCGACAAGCCCAUCAGCAAGAGCGUGUCGCUGUACGAGUGCGCGUGCGACGUGGACCGCGAGGCGGUGCGCCGGCGCGUGCAGGCGCUCCUGACGCUGCGGCAGGGCGGCCGCGCGGAGGCCCCGGGCAUCCUCGUGCUCGGCAUGGGCGACCAGGUCGGCGUCCCGGUGGUGAUCAACUUCCCGCAGAACCUCGAGCUGUACGUCGCGGAGAUCCAGAAGGAGGUGGCGUCGGGGCAGCUCGCGCCGCUGACGUUCCGGCAGGUCCGGAAGAAGCAGAACCUCGCGGCGCUGGAGGCGCAGAACACGCGCAUGUUGCAGCACCACUCGCCGGACCGACACGCGGCGCUGGCGGAGGGCGGGCGCGCGGCGGGGCGCGGGCGCCGCGUGCCCGUGGAGCACCGCUUCCAGGACGACCGCGCCGCGCGCGCGGGGCUCCGCCGCGGGGCCGCCGGCGCUGCCGCGCUGCGCAUGCCGCCGCCCGAGGCCGCCGUGCGCGAGCUGAAGAUGCCCAAGCCCGGGGACGGGCCGAGCAAGAAGUACCUGCACGUGUGCCCGUCGAUCACGCUGCCUGGGUGGUGGGCGACGACGUGGACGGCGCGGGAGGGCAAGCCGGUGCGGCAGGCCUUCACCACCGUGUCGGAGGAGGGCGCGGGGUUCGCGGCGGACGUGUACAUCGUGCGCGAGGCGCUGACGGACGACGAGACGGGCGAGCUGCUGCCGCUGAACUUCCCGGAGGAGCUGCAGGGCCCGCUGGAGGGGCUGCGGGCGCGCGGGGUGCGGCUGGGCGAGCACAACGAGCGCGCGCUGCAGGGGCCGGAGGGCGUGCAGGAGUGCCGCAUGCGGCGCUGGCGGCGGCUGCUGACCACGUACGACGCGGCGGUCGCGCGCGGCCCGGGCGACCUGCCACUCGAGGAGUCGGAGGCCGCGGCGUCGACGGCGCGGCCGGACAGCAUCGUCGACGAGCGCAUCAACGAGCUGCGCGGGUACGAGUACCUCUUGAAGUGGACGGGCAUGGAGCUGCACCCGGAGCAGUGGCACCCGCACGCGGCGAUCGCGUCGCGCCACCCGGGCCUGCUGCGCACGUGGGAGGCGCGCAAGGUGCACGCGAGCAACGUCCUGCUGCACCGGGACAUCCUCGGGCGGCGCGCGCACAUCUUCGGCGACCCGCGGCCGGUGUACCACGUCGAGAUGGACUCGGAGGACGAGUCGGACCUGGACAUUGCGCCGCCGUCGUCGCGGCGGCGGGCGGCCGCGCCGGAGAACGAGCCGGUGGAGCUCAACGGGCGCACGAUGGAGGGCGUGCGCGUCGCGGAGGGCGGGUUCGAGGCCGAGAUGAAGGACAAGUACGAGAAGACCAACCAGGUGAUCGGGGUGUUCACGACGGCGGAGGAGGCGGCGCGGGCGUACGACACGUACAAGAUGGCCAUGAUCGGCACGCGCACGGCCACGAACUUCUACUACGACGAGGUCCAGGGCGCCGCGCAGUCCCGCAACAAGGACGCCUCGCAGCUGCACCCGUGGUACCGCCAGGCGUGCCUCGUCGCGGCGGGGAAGGAGAAGUCGCCCAAGUCGGCCACGGAGCUCCUGAAGGAGGCGCUCGAGGCCGCCAGGCAGCGCAACUGGCGCCCCGGACCGGGCGUGCCCAACGGCGGCGCGCCGCAGGGUGGCGGCGGUGGGGACGGCGGUGCGCGGGCGGCGGCGCCGAUGCAGCCGUACGAGGCGCUGACGGCGGCGGUGCUGGGGGCGAGCGAGCGGAACGCCAAGCGGCCCGCAGAGGGCGUUCAGGAGGACCUGGAGCGAGCCAAGCGGUCGGCGCUGCACGGCACGCUGCCGGUCGACGCGGGCACGGAGGGCGCGCAGGACGCGCGGCUGGGCGAUACGAGGCCCGCGGCGUGGUGA